UAUUAUAAUAUAAUAUUAUUAAAAUUAUUUUUUCUAAGAUUUUUUUAAUUGUUGCAUUUAAUAAUAAAUUAGAUUAUAUUAAUUUUAUGUUUACACAUAAAUUUAGUUUUCUGAUAGGAUUAUUAAACUGCUUCAUCAUGCUUGAUAUCAAGCAUUUCAAUUUAAUAUAACGAAUUUAUACAUUUUUAUAAUGGAAAAAUUAUAUACAAAUGUUAUGUAUAAUUUACUUUCAAAAUUAUAAAGUAUUAAAAUAACAUAUAAAUAUUAUGGAUAUUUUAAAAUAAAUUUUUUUUUACAAGAAAUGCACACGUGAUUGUUUAAAGGUAUUAUUUACGUGAAAUCUUAUAAUUUUAAAAAUUAUAAUGAAAAAUUAUAAUUAAAAACUCAUUUAUUUUUUAUAUAAUGUUUUGUUAAAUUUAUAAAGGAACAGUUGUACAUCACAUUUUUAAAAUAUUCAACCACGCGUACGUUAUAAGUAUUUUCUAUUCAAUUGUGUUAUACUUAACUUAUAUGUUCAAAUUUUGUGAUUGGUCAAAAUUAAAAAUUAAUUUACUCCAAUGACCAAUCAAGAAUGUCAAAAAUCAUUGACAUGAAUAAGAUAUAAGACAUAUGUUAAAUAAAGUUAUUGAUAUAAAGACAAAUACGUGAUUAUUCUAAUAUUAUAUAUUUCUUAAUUCUUUUUAUUGCUAUAAAUAAUUGUAAAAUAAAUAUUAUUUUUGUACAAAUAAAAAUAUAUUUUUUAAUUGAUAAUGAAUAUAUCGUAUGAUUUAAUUUAAGGAUCAUCCCUUAUUUUCUAUCGUUGAUAGAGCCAUCUACUGCAACGUUAUAUUACUAACGUUUUUAUCAUGCAUAAACAAAAUGAUAAUUAUCUUUGUUAAAAUACUACAAGAGAUUCCACGAUUCUUGAAGACAGUUUUUGUCAAAGUUGUUGUGUUCAUUAUUGUAUAUUUGUUUUUUAGUUUUGUGAUUUGUAUAAAAAGAGAUACGCAAUUAUGAUACAUAAUAGUAAAAUAUUUUAGUUUAGUGACACAAUAAACAUAAGUUUUUUCGGAUUUUUAACUACAACUUUAACAACGCGUAGUUUGAGCAUAACCAAUAUGUCAGACGUUAAAAGUCUCGAAUAUCCAACAUUAAAGGUUCCUUAUGAAUUACUUAAUAAAAAAUUUCGUUUAGCUCAAAAAGUCAUAGAUAGAGAAGCUUCAUAUGUACAAACAGCUGCUAAUGAAUUAAUGAAAGAUAAUAAAACAUCUGUUCCUGCUGGGGAAAUGAGCAUAUUGUUAGGAGGAGUUGUAGAGAAACUUCAAACUUUAAAGAGAAAAGCACAAGAAUCUAUUGCAGAAGAAUUACAAGCAGGAAUGGUUUGCAAAAGACGACUAGAACAUUUAAAAGAACAUGCUAAUACUGCACCAAGUGUUGUGAAUCAGUGGCGGCGACAAAGACUUGAUAGAAUGUUAAUAGAAUAUUUCCUUCGUAAAGGUUAUUAUACAACUGCAACUAAAUUAGCGGAUAGUAGUGAGCUUAGAGAUUUAACAAAUAUAGAUGUUUUUAUGGUAUCAAGAGAAGUUGAAGCAUCUUUAGCAAAUCAUGAAACUGCAAGGUGUGUUGGAUGGUGCUAUGACAAUCGAUCUAAGUUAAGAAAAUUAGGAAGUACUAUGGAAUUUAAUUUACGUGUACAAGAGUUCAUAGAAUUAGUAAGACAAGAUAGAAGGCUAGAUGCUGUCAAACAUGCUAGAAAAUGUUUUACAAAUUAUGAUGAUUACCAGUUACAAGAAAUUCAAUGCUGUAUGGGACAAUUAGCAUUUCCAGCUAAUACAUCUCUUAGUCCAUAUAAAGAUCUGCUAGAUGAAAAAAGAUGGGAUAGAUUAAUUGAACAGUUCAGACAUGAAAAUUAUAGACUUUUUCAAUUAGCAAGUCAAAGUGUUUUUACAGUAGCAUUACAAGCAGGUCUAUCAGCAUUAAAAACACCUCAAUGUUAUAGUGCAAAUAAAGAAGGCAGAAAUCCAAAUUGUCCAGUGUGCAAUGAAGCUCUCAAUGAACUAGCAGUUCCAUUACCUUUUGCUCAUUGUUCACAGUCAAGACUUGUUUGCAGUAUUAGUGGAAAACCAUUAAAUGAAUAUAAUCAACCAAUGAUGAUGCCAAAUGGAUAUGUAUAUGGAGAACAAGCAUUGGAAAAAAUGGCUCAAGAAAAUAAUGGUACUGUAAUUUGUCCAAAAACCAAAGAAGUGUUUCCAUAUAAAAAAAUAGAAAAAGUAUACGUUAUGUAAUAAUUAUUGACUCAAACAUAAUUUGUAUUAUAUCUGCGUUUCAUAUUAUGUACCAAUAUUAACAAAAGGAAUAACUUCUAUUUUUAAGGAAAUAUUUUUUUGCAAAUUUUCUUUAUGAUCAUCUACUAGAAUAAAAUGUGAUACAAACGAAUAAUGUGUGGAAAACGUUCUAGUUUUUCGAUAUAAAAAGAUAUACAAAUUAUUAUUAUAAUGUAGUUGGAUAUUAAACAUAAAA